AUGGAAACCAACUGUGGGGGCUCCCUGAUAAACCAGUGGUUCGUCCUCACCGCAGCCCACUGUGCCGAUGGUAGUAGAUAUAAUGUAGGCGAACCUCAAAAAGUGCGCUUGGGCGCACAUUACACCGAACCGAAUAGAAAUAUGCUGGCUGCUCUGCCUAUUGUUGAAAUCGACGUGAAUAAAACUAUAAAGCAUGAGUCUUACUACCAUCGGACUACAUUAAGUAACGACAUCGCCUUGCUGCAACUGAAAUUCCCAGUACGUUAUUCGGUGGCAAUACAACCGAUUUGUCUUCCCACCGCGAAAGCACCGCCUGAAGGUCGCAUUUUUGAAGUAGCCGGCUGGGGAAACGGAAGUCGAGUACUGGUGCGCAAAUUCCUCAAGGAAAAUCGUCAUAAUGAAACGCGAUGUAAAAACGAAAAUUUUGACUUAAAAUCACAUAUCUGUGCAGGUGGUCGCGAGGGUGGAGAUGACACGUGUAAAGGUGAUUCUGGCGGUCCCCUGAUGACCACCAACAAAACAGAAAAUUAUUCACUUUUAGCCGGAAUCAUAUCCUUUGGACAGCCACCGUGCGGACAGAAAGACAAGGCUUCUUUUUACACAGACACUAGACACUACCUUGAUUGGAUAAAGAUGAAAUUGGAGGAAUAUAAAAUACAAGAAAAUAUCACAUUAUCCCAGUUUAAAUGUCAUGAACAAAAUAAGAAAAAGCAAAAAAUACAAAAAAAUAUCACAUUAUACCAGUUUAAAUGUUAUGAACAAAAUAAGAAAAAGCAACAUUAUAAAUACUCUUGUAAAUACUAAAUUUUGUAAAUAUUAUAGUUAUAUUAUGUAAUAUUAUAGUAAUCCCCCAAGCCAUAUCAAAACCCGAGCCCCUUAGUCAGCUCUUAGUUUAACACUGAUUGUUAGCUUUAGGUAAAUAAAUAUAUUAAAGGAAAAAUAAAUUAUUUAAUUUUAGAUAGGUCUCCAAGAAGUUAUUUUGAU